UAUCAGUGGUGGCCUCAAACCCCCUCCUUGUUUCACCGCUCACAAUGUCUGUCAUGAAAACAAAGGCUUAUAUUUGGUUUAGCAUUUGGGCAACCUUCAAUGUCGAACUUAUCAGGGGGUCUUCUGUUGCCGAUGAUGACCUUUGGUGCACAAUAGGCAUUAUGGGCAUCUGCGGAUGCCUGUAUGCCUACAUGCCUUGGUGAACCACUGAAUGCGUACCUGGCUAGCCGUACUGCAUGGUGAAGGGAUGAUUGGGACAUCUGAUUGCCAUUGCAGGAUAGCCAGUAUAGCCAGGAGGAGCCUGAGGUAGUGGAUACCCCCCUGGCAGGUCAUGCAUGUUUUGUGG